CCGCCUGCCGUCUCAAACUGGCUUAGCUGUUCCUCACUGUUGCUUGGCCCCACCACCCUUCUCUCGCUCACAUCCAUUCCCACCCCCCUCCCCUCUCUCUCUUCUUCCCCUCUUCUUCCUCGAAGCCUCUCCAUAUAAAUCACAACCAUAUGCACUCGCACCAAACUUUCUCUUCUUCCAUCUCAAUUUCUUCUUCGCCUUCUUCUCAAUCCUAAUUAAUUACGCCUCUCUCUCUCUCUCUCUCUCUCUCUGGUUGGAUUAUCAGUCAAAAUGCCUGCUUGGUGGGGGAGGAAAUCUAGCAAGAACAAGCAGCAGCAGCAACAACAUCCCGAAAGAGCCAAAAUCAAUUUCAGCGAAGCAGCGAUCGAGGAUAAUAAGAAGAAAACUAAAGAGAAGCCCAAGAGCCUCGACCAAGUAUCUGGAACACUCUUGACGCGCAAUUCGCCGCGGAACAGCAGGGAAUUUGCGGCUGCUAAUGGGGUUGGUAGGUUGUCUUCUGCGUUUUCGGGUUUUGAUUCGGAUGGGGGAGAUAAGACCCCUCUUCCCCUGCCCCGCCCGUUGAUAUCGUCCACUCCGUCGCCGGCAAAUGAUCAUGUGGUUGGACUUGGAUCUGGGUCCGUCUCCGUUUCGAGUGUGAGCUCAUCUGGGUCUUCUUCCGACGAUCCCCUUCCUCAUGAGCAUGCUCAGCUUGGUCUUUACAGAGGGCAUAGUGAAAUGAAGCUCAACUCAAGGCCGAGAAGCCCAUGUCAUGGGUCUAGAGGAGCCACUGCCACCACAUCCCCUCUUCAUCCACGGUUAGGUGUUUCAAGUCUAGAGACUUCAAUGGGGAAGCAGGAAGAUGGAAAGAGUCAGUGUCAUCGGUUGCCUCUUCCACCCAGUUCUCCUACUAGUCCUACUGCCUUACCCAGCUCAAGGGGUAGUGGAGUGGCUGAAAAUGCAAAUUAUACUCUUUCAAAGUGGAAGAAAGGGAGGCUUCUAGGCAGAGGUACUUUUGGGCAUGUCUACCUUGGAUUUAACAGUGAAAAUGGGCAAAUGUGUGCUAUCAAAGAAGUUAGGGUUGUUUCUGAUGAUCAAACAUCCAAAGAAUGCCUCAAGCAACUGAAUCAAGAGAUAACUUUGCUUAGCCAACUUUCACAUCCAAACAUUGUUCAGUACUAUGGAAGUGAACUGGGUGAAGAAGCACUAUCAGUUUACUUGGAAUAUGUCUCUGGUGGUUCUAUCCACAAAUUACUACAGGAAUAUGGUCCUUUUAAGGAGCCUGUUAUUCAAAACUAUACAAGGCAGAUCAUUUCUGGGCUUGCAUACUUACAUGGAAGAAAUACAGUCCACAGGGAUAUUAAAGGAGCAAAUAUAUUGGUUGAUCCUAAUGGUGAAAUCAAGCUUGCAGAUUUCGGCAUGGCUAAACAUAUCACAGCUUGUUCAUCAAUGCUGUCUUUCAAGGGAAGUCCUUACUGGAUGGCACCUGAGGUUGUAAUGAAUACAAAUGGAUACAGCCUCACUGUCGAUAUUUGGAGCUUGGGAUGUACAAUUCUUGAAAUGGCAACAUCAAAGCCACCUUGGAGCCAGUAUGAAGGGGUUGCUGCAAUAUUUAAAAUUGGAAACAGCAAAGAUAUUCCAGAAAUUCCUGAAAAUCUUUCUAAUAAUGCAAAAGAUUUUGUGAAGCGAUGCUUGCAACGGGAGCCAUCUGCACGCCCAAUGGCCUUAGAACUACUAGACCACCCUUUUGUUCAAGACCAAGCUACAACAAGAGCUGCAAACAUCAAUAUAACCAGGGAUGCCUUCCCUUGCACCUUUAAUGGAUGCCGCACACCGCCGGCCUCGGAGGUCCAUUCUAACAGAACGAGUAUGGCUUCAUCCGACGGAGAUUAUAUGACGAAACCAGUGGUCACAGUUUCAAGAGCUAUGAAAACCUCAAGGGAAACCGUGAGAACAAUCACGUCUUUGCCUGUAUCUCCCUGUUCUAGUCCACUGCGACGCUCUGGACCUGCAUACAAUACCUUCCUUCUUUCUCCCCCACCCUCUUAUGGUUUUAGUGGUUACAAUCCGAAUGAAUGCUCAUCUUAUCCAAUGAGACAGAAUGCAAAAUGUACAUUCGAUCCAUGGCCUGAAAUUCCCCUUGGUAAAAACCAGACUCCUGGCGGAUCCCCAAGAACAAGAACAUACAAUUGAGUAAAAGCACCAGCACCCAGUAUCAUAAAAAAUGCCAGAUGGACUCCUUUGCUCAGUCAACAGACCAAGUUGGGUCGAAUUGUUGGGAACAAUUUAGGGAGUACAGGGUGCAAUGAUGAUUGAAUUGACAACAUUCUUUUGUAUGGGGGAACACGAAGAGGGGAAUAAUUUUGGUUACCUACCUUGAUGAUGUUGUAAAAAUGUCAUAUGCUGUAAAUGGAGGGACGAGCUGUUCUUGACAUUUAUGGUGUAUACCGGGGAUAAUGUUUUGAUUGUUCCAUAAGCUACCAAAGGGCAAGCACUUCUGACUUAUGUUGCCUGCACGGACUUUAGGUUGGGCAAAAGCUUUCUAUGAAUAUGGAAGAAUGUGGUUGUAUUAGGGUUUCACCUUCUUAUCGUUGACGAACAUUCCAAGAGGCAACGCAAAACAAAGCAUGCAUGCUUGUAAACACAAAAUCCUAGUUUCAUUCUUAAAUUACUAGAGCUGCUCUCCCAUUUGAUUGGGGGAAUGGAAUUGAAGUAAUAAGGAAUUGAGGUGUGAAUGAAAUCAAGAUAGAAAUUCAAUGUGGUUAGUGUUUGAAUGUUUUAUUAAUAAAAUAGAAUUAUUUUAGCAA